AUGUCUAGUCCACCUUCACCUAGAACAACAGCUUUAACGGUUCAGAUCGUAGCCAUGCGUGACAAUUUUGAAAGAUUAUUAAGAGAACAAGGUGAACAACUUCAACAAAGAAUUGAUGAGUUCGAAAGGAGGCCCCAAAAUUCUAAUGAUGGUAGUGGUGAUGAGGAGGAAAGAAGACGUAGAAGGAGACAAGGGGGAGAUAAUUUGAGGGGCAUAAAAAUUAAAGUUCCAACUUUUGUUGGGAAGAGUGACCCGAAGGCAUAUCUAGAAUGGGAGACUAAACUUGAACAAAUUUUUAAUUGUCACAAUUAUUCUAAUCUUGAAAAAGUGCAGGUUGCUUCUAUUGAGUUCAAGGAGUAUGCCUUAGUUUGGUGGGAUCAAUUAACCAAAGAUAGAAGGAGGUAUGCAGAACGACCAAUUGAUACUUGGGAAGAGAUGAAAAGAAUCAUGAGGAGAAGGUUUGUUCCUUCCUAUUAUCAUAGGGAAUUGCACAACAAAUUGCAAAGACUCACUCAAGGUUCUAAAAGUGUUGAAGAAUAUUUCAAGGAGAUGGAAGUUCUCAAAAUUAGAGCUAAUGUAGAGGAGGACGAUGAAGCAACUAUGGCUAGGUUUCUCCAUGGUCUAAAUCAUGACAUUAGUGACAUAGUGGAACUUCAUCACUAUGUUGAAAUGGAUGAAUUGGUACACCAAGCUAUCAAAGUGGAACAACAACUCAAAAGAAAGAGCCAAGCAAGGAGAAAUUCCACCACUUUCAAUUCUCAAAGUUGGAAGGACAAAACAAAGAAGGAGGGUGCUUCAUCAUCUAAGGAAGCCACGGUUGAAAACAAAGGUAAAACUAUUACAUCUUCUUCUUCAAGUGUUUCAACUAACAAAAGUGUUAAGUGUUUCAAGUGUCAAGGCCAAGGACAUAUUGCAUCUCAAUGUCCAACAAAGAGAACUAUGCUUAUGGAAGAAAAUGAAGAAAUUGUUGAAGAGGAGGAUGGUGAUUAUGAUGAGGAGUUUGAAGAAGAAAUACCUAGUGGAGAUUUACUCAUGGUGAGAAGAAUGUUGGGAAGCCAAAUAAAGGAGGAGGAAAGCACGCGUCUGGUUUCUAAACUAAAAUUGGAAACAAAACCUCACCCUAAGCCUUACAAACUCCAAUGGCUUAAUGAAAGUGUAGAAAUGCUUGUUAAUAAACAAGUUGAGAUUUGUUUUAAAAUUGGAAAAUAUGAGGAUGUAGUGUUGUGUGAUGUAGUACCAAUGGAAGCUAGUCAUUUGUUAUUAGGUAGGCCUUGGCAAUUUGAUAGAAAAGCCAAUCAUGAUGGGUACUCCAAUAAGUACUCUUUUAUGUAUCAUGAUCAAAAGAUCAACCUUGUACCGUUAAAUCCUAGUGAAGUGAGAGAAGAUCAAAGAAAAAUGAGAGAAAAAUAUGAUCAAGAAAGAAAAGAAAAAGAAAAAGAAAAAGAAAAAGAAAAGAAUGAAAAGAAAAAGAAUGAUAAAAGAGAAAAGAAACAAAGUUUAAUUGCAAAAAAAAAGAGAUUCCCUAAAAAGGAUGGUAGUUGGAGGAUGUGCACUGAUUGUAGGGCCAUUAACAAUAUUACCAUUAAAUAUAGGCAUCCUAUUCCUAGACUAGAUGAUAGGCUUGAUGAAUUGUUUGGUGCAUGCUUAUUUUCUAAAAUUGAUUUGAAAAGUGGAUAUCACCAAAUUAGAAUAAGGGAAGGGGAUGAAUGGAAAAUUGCUUUUAAAACAAAAUAUGGUUUGUAUGAGUGGAUGGUUAUGCCUUUUGGAUUAACUAAUGCACCUAGUACUUUCAUGAGACUAAUGAACCAUGUGUUAAGGGAGUUCUUGGGUAAGUUUGUUGUUGUGUAUUUUGAUGAUAUUUUGAUUUAUAGCAAGAACUUAGAUGAUCAUUGCAUUCAUUUAAGGGUUGUUUUGCAAGUGCUAAGAUAUGAAAAUUUGUAUGCCAACCUAGAAAAAUGUGUCUUUUGCACCGAUCAUGUGAUUUUCUUAGGUUUUAUUGUGAGCUCUAAAGGAGUCCACGUUGAUGAGGAAAAGGUGAAAGCCAUUCGAGAGUGGCCUCCUCCCAAAAAUGUAAGUGAGGAUGUUGGUUUUAAAUGGGGUGAAAAACAAGAGCAAGCCUUUGCUGCCCUAAAGGAAAAGCUCACCCAAGCACCAAUUCUUGCAUUGCCUAAUUUUUCUAAAUCUUUUGAAAUUGAAUGUGAUGCAUCUAAUGUGGGAAUUGGAGCUGUUUUGUUGCAGGAAGGUCAUCCACUUGCUUAUUUUAGUGAAAAGCUAAAAGGGGCUGCCCUUAAUUAUUCUACAUAUGAUAAGGAAUUGUAUUCCUUGGUGAGAGCUCUACAAACUUGGCAACAUUACUUGCUGCCCAAAGAGUUUGUCAUUCAUAGUGAUCACGAAUCCUUGAAACAUUUGAAGGGACAAGGUAAGUUGAAUAAGAGGCAUGCCAAGUGGGUUGAGUUUCUUGAACAAUUUCCUUAUGUAAUCAAGCAUAAGAAAGGUAAAUCUAAUGUUGUGGCAGAUGCACUCUCAAGAAGACAUGUCUUGCUUUCUACUCUUGAAACAAAAGUUUUUGGUCUUGAGCAUAUUAAAGAUUUGUAUAAAAGUGACCUUGAAUUUUUUUCAAAAUUUUUAGCUUGUGAGCAUAUUGCCUUCAAUGGGUAUUUUAGGCACAAUGGCUAUUUAUUUAAAGAAAAAAAACUAUGUGUUCCUAAAGGUUCCAUUAGAGAAUUACUUGUAAAAGAGGCGUAUGAGGGAGGACUAAUGGGUCAUUUUGGGGUUUCUAAAACUCUAGAAUUCUUAAAAGAACAUUUUUAUUGGCCUCACAUGAAAAUUGAUGUCCAAAAGCUUUGUGAAAGAUGCAUCGUGUGUAAAAAGGCUAAAUCAAAAUUUAUGCCUCAUGGUUUGUAUACUCCUUUGCCUGUACCUGAAUUUCCUGGAUUGACAUUUCCAUGGACUUUGUUUUGGGGCUGCCUAGAACAAAGAAUGCAUAAAGAUGGGAAAGCUAAGGCUGAAUUUGUGAGAAAAUUGCAUGAACAAGUAAAAUUGCAAAUUGAAAAGAAAAAUAAAAGUUAUGCAAAAAGUGCAAACAAAGGGCGAAAGAAAGUUAUUUUUGAACCCGGGGAUUGGGUUUGGAUACAUAUGAGAAAAGAGAGAUUCCCAUCACAAAGGAAGUCCAAACUUCAACCUAGGGGAGAUGGACCAUUUCAAGUACUUUCAAGGAUCAAUGACAAUGCCUACAAAAUAGAACUUCCAGGUGAGUAUGGGGUAAGUACUACUUUUAAUGUGGCUGAUUUAUCUCCUUUUGAUGUAGGUAAUGAUGGUCUAAACUCAAGGUCGAAUUCUUUUCAAGAAGGAGGGAAUGAUGAGGACGUAAUCCAAGACAUAAAUGAUACAAUGCAAAGCUUAGGAGGUCCUAUGACAAGGGCACGUGCAAGAAGAGUCAAUGAUGCUUUAGUUCACUUCAUGAUCAAGUCAAUAGAAUGCAUGGGCCAGAUUGAAGAAAAAGAGCCCAAGUGUAUUCUUAUCAUCCAAGCAUGUGAUAAAAGGCCCAAUAAUGCAUAA